AUGACUGCCUUGGUGCCUUCUGACGCACUGGGUCAAAGAAUCUUGUGUGGCACGGAGUAUGCGACUGUGCGCUAUGUUGGCAGUGUUCCUCCUACAGCAGGAAUUUGGCUUGGUGUGGAAUGGGAUGAUCCUCAGAGGGGAAAGCAUGAUGGUACCUAUGAAGGAACACAGUAUUUUAAGUGCAGGCAUCCUAGAGGAGGAUCGUUUAUCCGGCCAAACAAGGCAAAUUUUGGACUUGAUUUUCUUACUGCGAUAAAGGAUCGGUACGGAUUGAGUGGUGAGCAAGACGUUCAACAUGGGACAGAGAACACAUUAGUAGUAGGAAAGAAGACUGUGGAAUUUGUUGGCAUGGAUUCUAUUGCAGAACAACAAAGCCAACUGAACCAACUGGUGGAUAUCUCAGUGCGUGGGUGUGCAGUGAGCCGUGCUGGUCAGAAAGGGGAAAUCAGCAGAACAUGUGCUAAUAUCAGGCAUAUGAAUCUGUCAAAAAAUCUGAUAUCAUCUUGGGAGACAGUAACAGCUAUUGCUUCUCAAAUUCAAAAUCUGGAAACACUUAACAUCAG